CCCCAGCGUUUUGACAUUCCAUCUGUUUACCUUAUUAAAAAAUGUUAAUUGUAUUGUAUUGUUGAACAUAACAUUGUUAAUUGUUAAACAAAAACAUAAUUUGUCAAGAUGUCAAAGGCAAUCAAGUACUAUUAUGAUUUCCUGUCGCAGCCAUCCCGCGCUUUAUGGAUCGGAAUGAAAUUGAGCAAGACCCCUUUUGAAGACUGCCCGGUUGCCCUGCGAAAACAGGAGCAGUUAACAGACGAGUACCGGAACAUCAAUAGGUUCCAAAAGGUUCCGGCCAUCGUGGAUGGUAAAUUUCAGUUGGGCGAGAGUGUCUCCAUAGUGCGUUACCUCUCGGACAAAGGUGUCUUCAGCGAGCAGCUGUAUCCCAAGUCCUUGGAGGAUCGUGCCCGUGUUGAUGAGUUCCUGGAGUGGCAGCACUUCAAUGUUCGCAUGGUCUGUUCCCUGUUCUUCCGUCAAGUUUGGCUUCUACCGGCAAAGGGACUGGCUCCGGCUCCAAAGCCCGAGGCUGUUAAAAAGCUUAUAAAGGAUGUGGAGGGCAAUUUGGGUCUCCUGGAACGCGUUUGGCUGGAGAAGGACUUUCUAGUUGGUAAUAAACUUACAGUGGCGGAUAUCUUUGGAGCUUCGGAAAUCAACCAAAUGAAGCUCUGCCAAUACAAUGUUAGUGAGAAGCAAUUCCCUAAGAUAGCCAAGUGGCUGGAACGCGUGCGAGAGGCCACCAAUCCCUACCACGACGAGGCCCAUAGUUUUCUGUACAAGGUCUCCAAGCAAGCAGCCAGUGCUAAAAUUCAAUUGACCGCCAUGUCCACGCCAAUUAAAUUCUAUUACGAUUUGUUGUCCCCGAUCUCCCGUGGACUGUGGUUAGCUUUAAAAUUGGGCAAUUCGCCCAUUGAAUAUUGCCCCAUUGCCCUCCGUAAAUUUGAGCAAUUGACCGACGAGUACAAGAAGAUCAAUAGGUUCCAGAAGGUGCCUGCCAUAGUGGAUGGUGACUUCCAUUUAUCCGAAACUAUCGCCAUUAUACGUUAUCUCGCAGACAAAGGUCAGUUCGACGAAAAGCUUUACCCCAAAUCAGUGGAGGCUCGUGCCCGAGUGGAUGAAUUCCUGGAGUGGCAGCACUUGAAUAUCCGUCUAGCCUGUUCCUUGUACUUCCGAGAUGCCUGGCUGUUUCCCAUGAAUGGAAUAGCACCCAAACCCAAGACAGAACAACUUCAAUCGCUGAUUGAUGGAGUAGAAACCAACCUGGGUCUCCUAGAGCUUCUGUGGCUGGAAAAGGACUUCUUGGUGGGUCAGAAACUUACAAUGGCUGAUAUCCUUGGUUCUUCGGAAAUCAAUCAACUGAGGCUCUGCCAAUACCAAGUGGAUGGGAAAAGGUUCCCGAAGGUGGCCAAAUGGCUUGAUCGCGUGAGGGAAGCCACUAAUCCUUACCAUGACGAGGGACUAAAGUUCAUUAACCAAAAGGCAAAGCAGGCAACUGUUGCAAAGUUGUAAAGACUGAAAUACUAACCACCCGACAAUAAUAUUUAGAUAUUAAACUUCCCCUGCCAGUUAUUAAAA